GCGAGAAGCUCCGCCAGUUGUUGCUCGAGCAUGGUGACUUUGACAAGAUCGAGGGUCACUUGGAGAGAUGGCAUCAGCAGCUGCAGCAAAAGAAGGAGACUGGGGGGUCCAUGGCGGAUCACGCCUUCGAGAAGUGGGCCAGGCCGCGGGGCCUGGUUCGCAAGAACCCUGUGCAUGGAAAUGAGGAAGCUGACAUACCAUUGGAGAUGCAAUGGACGAAGCUUUCAGAGACAGGGAACCGUGUGGGCUUUGCAUCCAAGUUCAGCAUGGAUGUGCUUUGGACUGACAUGAACGGAUGGAUAACAUCAUGGUGCUCUAGAACUUGCAGCUGCUUCAGGUUAGCCCCGAACAAAGUGUAUGCAGCUUAG